GUCUAUAAAUUUACCUCUGCUUUUCCUCACAUUUCUCACUAACCUGUUUGCUCCCUUCAGCAUCCACCCCUACCGAGCGCUUGUCAAGGCAGUUGUUUCCGUGGCGGCACGGAAUUUCCUACUCGCCCUCGUUCCUCGUUUGCUCUCGCGUCCUGCGACAGCAACGCUCGGCCUGCGCCGCUCAACCGCUCGCUAGCCUGUUCUCCCGGUUGAAAACUUGACGACAACCGUCGAGCGAGCCAGACAACCGUCAAGAUGUGCGGAAUUCUCGCGGUUCUUGGAGCUGCUGAUGCGUCGGCUCGCACCCGAGCGAAGGUCCUCGAGUGCACUGCCAGGCUGCGCCACCGCGGACCCGACUGGAGCGGCGUGCACACGUUCGGCAACAACUUUCUCGCGCACGAACGGCUGGCCGUCAUCGACCCGGCCUCCGGCCACCAGCCGUUACGCAACGAGGACGGCAGUAUCGUGGUGGCCGUCAACGGCGAGAUCUACAACUACCGGCAGCUAAGGGAGGAGCUCAAGGACCGCCAUGCCUUCAACACCGGUAGCGACUGCGAAGUCAUCGCCCACCUCUACGAGGACAUGGGCGAAGCAGCCGUGGAGAAGCUCGACGGGAUCUUCGCGUUCGUGCUGCUCAACACGCGGGACGGCUCGUACAUGGCGGCGCGCGACCCCAUCGGCGUGUGUCCGCUCUACAUCGGGUGGGGCCGCGACGGCUCCAUGUGGUUCGCGUCGGAGAUGAAGGCUCUUAAAGACGACUGCGAGCGCUUCGAGACGUUUCCACCGGGCCACCUCUACUCUAGCAAAGACCACACUCUGCGCCGCUGGUACAACCCGGCAUGGUACGACGAGCGCAUCCCCUCGGCGCCCUACGACCCGCUCGUCCUGCGCGCCGCAUUCGAAAAGGCCGUGGUCAAGCGCCUCAUGACGGACGUGCCGUUCGGCGUGCUUCUAUCGGGGGGGCUUGACUCGUCGCUGGUGGCGGCCGUGGCGCAGCGGCACCUGUCGUCUACGGAAGCGGGCAAGCAGUGGGGGCCGCAGCUUCACUCCUACUGCAUCGGGCUCGAGGGCGCCCCUGACCUGCGGGCAGCCAGGGAAGUGGCGGACUACAUCGGCACGAACCACCACGAGCUGCACUUCACCGUGCAAGAGGGCAUCGACGCCAUCUCUGAAGUGGUCUACCACACCGAGACGUACGACGUCACUACCAUUCGCGCCAGCACGCCCAUGUUUCUCCUCAGCCGGAAGAUUAAAGCCCUGGGAGUGAAGAUGGUGCUAUCUGGGGAAGGCAGCGACGAGGUGUUUGGGGGGUACCUGUACUUCCACAAGGCGCCCAGCAAGGAAGAGUUCCACGUGGAGACGUGUCAUAAGCUAAAGGCUCUCCACAUGUACGACUGCCUGCGCGCCAACAAGGCCACGUCAGCGUGGGGAUUGGAGGCGCGGGUGCCCUUCUUGGACAAGGAAUUUCUGGAUGUGGCGAUGGGCAUCGAUCCUCACUAUAAGAUGAUUCGUAAAGAGGACGGGCGCAUUGAGAAGUGGGUCAUCCGGCGAGCUUUCGAUGAUGUAGAGAAGCCUUACCUACCCAAGCACAUUCUUUACCGUCAGAAGGAGCAGUUCAGCGACGGCGUGGGUUACAGCUGGAUCGACGGGCUCAAGGCACAUGCUGAGCGGAUGGUGUCGGACCAGAUGAUGGCCAAUGCGCCCCACCUGUUCACACACAACACGCCCCAGACCAAGGAAGCGCUCUUCUACCGGCUCAUCUUUGAGAAGCAUUUCCCCCAGCUGUCUGCUCGUUUGACUGUGCCUGGCGGUCCCAGCAUCGCCUGUAGCACGGCAGCGGCUGUAGCAUGGGACGCAGCCUGGCAGGGGAAUCUGGACCCCUCUGGCCGCGCUGCUCUGGGCGUGCACUCAGCAGCUUAUGAGGAAACCACCGGUGGUAACCAGACAGGUGGUAACCAGAUGGGUGGUAACCGUGUUACCACGUGUGUGGAGCAAGCGAGUGUGGUGGUGGGGAGCGGGAGUGCGGGGAAGAGGAGUCAGGGGGAGGAGGGGCAGCAACCGGAGUCGCCUCCUAAGAAGAAGAAGACCGACCUGGUUAUGCCGUGUCUGGCUGUAGCAUAGGCUGUAGCCAAAGGCACUUUCUGUAUGUAGCCGAAAAGAGACUGGGGGAAAAGGUCUCGAGGUAUUAUUUUACACAUUCCAUCCUGUGGGCUGGAAUGCUCAGUUUUGCAGCUUUGCUUGGGGUUGGUUUCUAAUGUUAUCGUUGUGUGCAAUGUGUUCCAAAUAAAGGAAUGUCUGCUUGCACCAAUGA